AUGCCUACCUUCGUCGUCUCCCUCUUCCUGCCCUACACUGUCGACUUCCAUGAUCUCCCUACGCCCUCACAGCGGCCCAGCCCUCCGCUACGGCUCCCCAGUCGGAAGAACUCCAUCACCAAUCUGCGCGAGAACAAGGCGAGCUUGUUCAGCGUCCCCACGCCUCCCCAGACCCCAUCAGCCGCCGCAGCCCAGGAAGAGUUCUUCUCCCAGUUGCAGCCCAGCGCCGCUACUCACUUCCCUAAACCACACGACCCACGCUCUCUAGUCCGCAGCGACUCGCAUGUGCCAGAAUGGGGCAGAGGUCUCUUCUUCAACCACCCGCGGUCCAAUGCGGGGCAACUACCGGCGGAAGAUAUUCUGAAGUAUGUUAAGGCCCAAGCCCAGGAGAGGGCCGAGGAGCGUGCGCAGACAUUGUCAAAACGUCGCCCUUCACCGAAGUCAGCAAAAAGACACUCGAGAACAUCAACGGGCGAGAGGCCCGCUUGGGCGACCCAUUGGACUGUAGAACCGGCCGAGCAAGGCAAUGGAGGCCUUUACAAUGCGGUAAGAGGCGCCAUGGACGCUGGCACCAUAGAGGAUGUUAUCUGGAUGGGCACAAUAGGUUUUCCAACAGACACAUUAGACGACAAGGCCAAGAACGAGAUCCAUGAGAAGUUGGAAUCCGAGUACGAUGCGAUGACCGUCUAUGUUAGCGACAGUGACUUCGAAGGUCACUAUGGACACUACUGUAAGACCAUCUUGUGGCCAGUGUUCAACUACCAGAUCCCAGACCACCCGAAAAGCAAAGCCUAUGAGGAUCACUCUUGGAAGUUCUACGUCAGACUGAACCAAGCCUUCGCGGACAAGAUUGUCAAGAGCUACAAGCGUGGCGAUGUCAUAUGGGUGAACGAUUACCACAUGUUGCUGGUUCCCGGUAUGGUCCGCCAGAAGCUGCCGGACGCCCAGAUCGGCUUCUUCCUUCAUACCGCCUUUCCUUCUUCGGAGGUGUUUCGCUGUUUGGCCGUACGCAAAGAGCUGCUGGAAGGCAUGCUUGGUGCGAAUCUGGUCGCAUUCCAAAGCCGGGAAUAUGCCGCCCACUUUCUACAGACCUGCAGUCGCUUGCUGAUCGUUGAGGCCACGAACGAUGGUGUGCAGCUCGAGAACCGGUUUGUCAAUGUUUUACACAUCGCAAUUGGUAUCGAUCCGAAGAGAUUCAAUGUCGCGAGGGAGGAGCCAAGCACCCUCGAAUGGAUCAAGGUCAUGGAAGAACGCUACAAGGGCAAGCACCUAAUCGUAGCACGCGAUAAGCUCGACACGAUUAGAGGUGUUCGGCAGAAGCUGCUUGCGUUUGAGUUGUUCCUCAACAAGUACCCUGAGUGGCGGGACAAGGUCGUCAUGAUCCAAGUCGCAACCUCAACAACGGAUAAUCCAGAUCUAUCAGCAACCGUAUCCGAAAUCGUCAUCCGCAUCGAAGCUCAACAUUCGACACUAGCACACCAGCCGCUUGUCUUCCUUCGGCAGGACAUUGCCUUCAGCCAGUACCUCGCAUUGCUCUCCGUUGCAGACACGCUUAUGAUCACCAGUCUGCGUGAGGGCAUGAAUCUGACAGUGCACGAGUUCAUCCUAUGCCAGGAUGGUAAAGGCAGCGACAAGAAGCAUGGACCAGUCAUCCUCAGCGAGUUCACCGGUAGCGCUUCGCUUUUCGGAGGUAACGAGCUCUCCGUCAAUCCUUGGGAUUAUCAGAAAUGUGCAGACGCCAUCAAGAUUGCGCUGGAGAUGUCGGCUGUAGAAAAAGAACGGCGCUACAACAAAAUGCGCGACGUGGUCGUACAUCACACAGGCGAGUAUUGGUGCAACACUCUCGUAAAGGCGCUGGCCAAGGUUCACGAAGAGCAUUACAUGCGUGACAACAUGUCAAUCCCUCGUCUGUCAAUCUCCCAGGUCUGCCAGCAGUACAAGAGCUCGCAAAAGCGGCUUUUCAUUCUCGACUACGAAGGCACACUGGCGGGUAGCUCGCCGACCAGCACUCUGCUCACCAGCCCACAACGAGUUCUCGACGCGCUCAACGACCUCAUCAUGGAUACUCACAACAUCGUGUACGUCAUGUCUGGCCGGACGCCGGAAGAGCUCGAGCGUCUCUUCAGCCGUGUGGCCAACCUGGGCAUUAUCGCCGAGAACGGGUGCUUCGUGCGCGAGUUCGGCGCGAGCGAAGAGUGGAUCGAGUUUGCGGACACCGAGAAGAUGUCGUCGUGGAAAGCCAGCGUCAAGCAGAUCCUCGAGUACUACCAGGAGCGCGUCGAGGGCUCCUGGAUCGAGGAGCGCCACUGCUCGCUCAUCUUCCACUACGAGAAGGUCGACGACCUCGAAACGGCGUCCCGCCAAGCUGGCGACCUCGCCAACCAGAUCAACGAUGCCGCCGAGAGCCACCGUGUCCACGCCGUCCCGACGGACAAGGCUGUCCUCAUCGAGCCGCUCGACUGGAGCAAGGGCAGCGCGGCUACGCACAUCUUUGACAGGCUUCGUCAGAAGAAAGUCGAGAAGGAGGGCCAGCCGGAGCUGGACUUCUUGAUGGUGGCGGGCGAUGACCGUGAGGACGAGGUCAUUUUCCGCUGGGCGAAUAAGCUGGGCCAGGCGGGCGUCAUCAAGAACGUCACGACUGUGAGCGUGGGGAAGAGGAACACGGAGGCGAUGGCGACGCUCACGCAGGGCACAACGGGGCUGUUGAGCGUGCUGUCCAAGCUUGCGAAGCUGUGA